AUGGACGGUGCUCCGUCGUCAUGCUACUGUAGCAUGGUGGCAAGUAGUUCGAGUGACGUCACCGCAUCGUAUCCGAAACCGAAUACAUCGAGUGCUGUUUCUCCACCGCAUGUGAGUGACGAUUUCAUUGAAGCUCCCGUGUUCUUCUAUGAUAUGGACUGCGACUUGAAGGAUCUUAAUACAGCAUUGAAAGGAGCUGAAUUUCUGCAGGACUCCGGCUAUCAGUCUGUGCUGGAGCGCUCCGCACAUCCAUUCGCAGCUAGCAUUGUGGAUGAUAUACUUAGUGAAGGGAGCGAUGCAGCGAACGACGAGGAUUGGGAUGGUUUCUUGACCGUUGGAGAGGAUCGAGUUCGAAUAAAGGACAUGUCAGAUAUACUUGCCUCUCGUUAUGCUUUUCUUACUGGUGCUCGUACAAAUGAGGGCAUGUCGAUCGUGACAUUUCCGGACUCACGAGCUGUAUUGUCGUUUGAGGACUAUCAAACACUCAUAACCUACUUACUGCAAGUGCCACCACUAGAAGACAGUCACAAGGGAUUUGUUGUUAUUGUGGAUCGACGAAAUGAUAAAUGGUCAUCUGUUCGAACGCUGUUUCUUCAGAUAACGUCCUUUUUCCCGGGAACAAUUCGCGUCGUGUUCCUUCUGAAGCCCGAGGGUGUCUUACAACGAGCUCUGGAGGUCGGAUACCGAGCGAUAGCUGAAAACUGUUCCUUCAAGGUCAUAACCUGUGACUCGUCCGUCGAGUUGAGGCGAUUUUUGAGAGCAGAGCAGCUCACGAUGGAUGUCGGAGGAUUGAUUAAGUACAACCACCUCGAGUGGGUACAACACCGAAUGGAUAUCGAAAGAAUGAAGUCGUCUGCAUCAGCUAUUGCUCAGUCCUUGAGUGACUUCGGACGAGUGCUCCGUGAAACGGAGCUGCCGAACGACGUGGAGACGACCGCUCGUAUACUACAGAUUCAGACCGCUGAGAGAGAUGCGAUCAAGGAGGACUUUCGAAUAUCCGUGCGAAAGGGAUUGUCGCUGCUGCGCGCUGUGCGUCAGAUCGAGUCGAAACCCAAACACGAACUCCUCAGCCCAACCAGGUUGCACAACGUGACUGCGAUCGAACGAAUGCUGGUCCAGCUAGAAGAAACAGAGCGAUCCUUCGACGCAUUUUGGUCAAAACAUGAAAAGCGUCUCAUGAAUUGCUUCCAGCUAAGACAAUUUGAGGAGAAUUUCCGUAAGCUUCAAUCCUCCUUCGCUCGUCACAUGCUAUAUCUGGAGGAGCAUCGGGCUGUUGGAGAGGGCGUACAGGCUGCUCAACUUCUCGCCGAAAAACAUGAGCAGUACACAGAAACGGCACAGGAAGACGUUAAAGCAGCGAAACUCCUCAAAGAAACCGGCGAAGAGCUGAUCUCCACAAAUGACGUUGGAAUUUCUGGCAGUCUGCUUCCGAAAUGCGAUGAAUUGGAGCGCAUGGCCGAAGCUUUGAAUGGGGCGCUUCAGAGAAGAGCAACAGUGCUCAGAAUGAGUAUCACAAUGCACACACAAAUUUCACAGGCUAAUUCAUGGUGCAAAAAAGGGGUGGACAUGCUCUCAUCCAUCCUCCAAGACGCCACACCCGCCUCCGCAAGCAGCAGUCUGGCCAAAAUGGACGAGUUCCUCGAAGAAGGCUCGAAGCUACAAUUGGAUGCAAUUAGUCAAUCACCGUCAAUGAAUAGCCUUAUUUUGCUUACUACCACCGAGACUUCCACAUUACUCGCUCAAGUGGCCGAGCGAAUCGACGACAUACGAAGAAUGGGCGUGGCCAGGAGGGAUGCGCUCGCAAAAAUGGUUGAACGUAAGCCGGUACAGGUGGUCACUCCGGAAAAGACGCAAACUCCCGUCGAAGAGCGUGACAUCGGGAACGUUCGAGACUUGCAGUGCUGUUCGAACUCCGAGUCAUCUCUCGGCUCACCGCAAAGCCCCCAUUCCAUCUCCAUUGAAUCUUUCGUCGUCGCCGAGUUGCUAAGCACCGAAAGGACUUAUGUGGCUGAGUUAGAAUCCCUUGUGGAAUAUUAUGUGGAACCAUUCCAUGCACCCGAAUACCAACAGGGUAUUGCGGUGCCGAUACGCGGCCGAAGCGAUCUAGUCUUCGGUAACCUCCGCGAACUUCUCCAUUUUCACUCGCGCUUCUUAUUGCCGGAGUUGUUGUCGAACGAGAAUUCAUCAGCUGGAAUUUGUCGCGUGUUUGUCCAGCACGCUAAUAGAUUUCUCUCCUUGUACCACGCAUAUUGUCAAAAUAAAGCCGCCAGUGAUGCGAUUCGUAAGGAAUUCUGCGAGAUGUCGUCAUUUUUUGCGGAUUGCCAACGACGCGCAGGUCAUCCUUUGCCAUUAGGAGCAUACUUACUGAAGCCUGUACAGAGGAUCACCAAAUAUCAAUUACUUCUGCGAGAAUUGGAAAGGCAUUGUCGACCUGAGGUCCGACCGGAGGUCGCGGCUGCACUAUCGACUAUGCUUGAACUUCUCGCUCAAAUCAACGCCGCUAUUCAUCAGCUUCAUAUUUCAGGGUUUAAUGGCGAUCUACGCCUACUGGGACCGCUAAGGUUACAGUCUGAAUGUGAUGUGUAUCAGUUCAGCCGUAAAAAGAAGGGAAAGACAGCUCGCGCACAGCGGAGACACUUGUUUCUUUUCGAUGGUGGCGUGUUAUUCUGUAAGAAACGCAAUCCACCAAGUCAACCGUCUUCAUUAGAUCCGGAAUAUUAUGAGCACAAGAUGUGCAUCCCGAUGUCCUCACUGGGUUUCUCGGAGUGCUCUCGAUCCGGUGGAUCUCGAUUUGAGCUAUGGGAUGAGGCAAAGUCGGAUGCAUACGCGGUCGAGACGUGCGAUGGGGAACAACGGUCGAGAUGGAUCCAUAGACUUUCUCGUGUUGUUCCUCGCGAGGAUCAACUUAUCCGACAACGACCGAAGAGCUGGACAAGUACAAUUUCGAAUGAUUCGACAUGUUCCAGCAGUACAAGGAGCAGCGAUAGCGAAGUGCCAGUCGAUACGAAUGGGAAUUCGAAAACGACAACAAUUUUCGCGCCAUCCUUGAGCAGCCCUACAGAUAAUAUCGGGGCUGAAGUGGAUGUUGCUGUCACUUCCAUAGCUCCUAUUCCAGAAUCGCAUUCAGCGGAGGAGCUUGUUGACAGCUGCUGA